AUGGGAAACUGUAACGCCUGUAUAAGACCUUCGGCUUCGGAACCGGAGCCUCAAGCUCCUAAACCCACAACCCCAAAACCCCGCAAAAAGACCCGCGAACGCUACCCCAACCCUUACGCCCAGUCCCCCGCCCCGGUCCGUGUGCUCAAAGAUUUCGCCCCUCGAACCAGAAUCUCCGACAAGUAUGUGCUCGGCCGCGAGCUCGGCCGGGGUGAGUUUGGAGUCACCUACCUCUGCACAGACCGCGAGACGCGUGAGGCCCUAGCGUGCAAGUCAAUCUCCAAGAAGAAGCUCCGCACCGUGGUGGAUAUCGAGGACGUCCGCCGUGAGGUGGCGAUCAUGUCGAGCCUGCCGGAGCACCCGAACAUCGUGAAGCUACGCGCCACCUAUGAGGACAACGAGGCGGUGCAUUUGGUGAUGGAGUUGUGUGAGGGUGGGGAGCUUUUUGAUAGGAUAGUGGCGCGUGGGCACUACAGCGAGAGGGCAGCAGCGGGGGUGGCGAAGACGGUUGCGGAGGUGGUGAGGAUGUGUCAUCAGCACGGGGUUAUGCAUAGGGAUUUGAAGCCCGAGAAUUUUCUUUUUGCUAAUAAGAAGGAACAUUCGGCGCUCAAGGCCAUUGAUUUUGGGUUGUCUGUGUUUUUCAAGCCCGGGGAAAGGUUCACUGAGAUUGUUGGAAGUCCAUACUAUAUGGCACCAGAGGUUCUGAAGCGAAAUUAUGGACCCGAAGUUGAUAUUUGGAGUGCUGGCGUCAUUCUUUAUAUUUUGUUGUGUGGCGUUCCUCCAUUUUGGGCUGAAACUGAACAAGGUGUUGCACUUGCAAUUUUAAGAGGAGUGAUCGACUUUAAGAGGGAACCAUGGCCACAGGUUUCUGAAAGUGCAAAAAGCCUUGUUAGGCAGAUGUUGGAGCCAGACCCCAAAAAGCGUUUGACAGCCCAGCAGGUGCUUGAUCACCCAUGGAUACAAAAUGCCAAAAGGGCUCCAAAUGUCCCAUUGGGAGAUAUUGUGAAAGCAAGGCUUAAGCAGUUUUCUGGCAUGAACAGAUUCAAGAAGAAAGCAUUACGGGUGAUUGCGGAGCAUUUAUCUGUUGAAGAGGUAGAAGUUAUUAGAGAUAUGUUUUCAUUAAUGGAUACUGACAAUGACGGGAAGGUAACAUUUGAGGAACUUAAAGCUGGUCUAAGGAAAGUGGGUUCCCAACUGGCAGAGCCUGAGAUAAAGUUGCUGAUGGAUGUGGCUGAUGUAGAUGGAAAUGGGGUUCUGGACUACGGUGAGUUUGUUGCAGUUACUAUCCACUUACAGAGGAUGGAGAAUGAUGAGCAUUUCCGAAGAGCAUUUAUGUUCUUCGACAAAGAUGGGAGUGGGUACAUUGAACUCGAUGAACUACGAGAAGCUUUAAUAGAUGAAUCAGGCGAAACCGAUCCUGAUGUACUCAACAACAUUAUGCGAGAAGUUGACACUGACAAGGACGGGCAAAUUAGUUAUGAUGAAUUUGUGGCAAUGAUGAAAGCUGGAACGGACUGGAGAAAGGCAUCCCGACAGUACUCCAGAGAGAGGUUCAAGAGCUUGAGCCUUAAUCUGAUGAAAGAUGGCUCUCUCCAGCUUCAGGAUGGACUUACGGGUCAAACUGUUAUAGUUUAAAUGUUUUCAUGGUCGAUUUUAUAUUCUCCAUUUCCACUGCUUCUUUUUCCUAGUCUUGUGCUAAUCAGCUGGAGCAACUUUGUCUCUGCUGGAAGCCACAUCUGGUUUUUCUUGGAGCCUAGGAUGCUUCAAGAAAGCGUUCCUCGUUUUGCAGUAUUCAUGCACAGGUUACAGCAGUGGGAACUGGUUGUCUUUGGUCAACUGAGGAAAAGGGAAUUCUGGAAUGAUGUGAAUUGCUAGGUUUUUGUUGAUAGGAUUUGUAGGAAUUAGAUAUAUAUGAUAGGACAGAUAAGUGUUUGAUGUUUGUGUUGUAUAGCUCAAUCUUGUGUUCUUUGUUUGCGCAUUUCUUAUCCCGGAACUGGUGGGCAGUAGGCACAAUGGAAUUCUGGAACGAUUCAUUUAUUCAAAUGUUGAAGUCACUCUGUGGACUUUUGAAUCAACUUUAGAUAUUGAAAGUUUGAAAUUGGUGAAAUCAA